GAUUUAACUGACCAAACAUUUUGUCAUUUUUAUUGUCAUUUUUUAUCAAUUAGACAUCGACAAUUUUUUCCAUUUAUAAGACUGUUCAUUCUGGAUAAUAGUAUCCCAUUAAUAGGUUAGGUUGAAAAUUGACCUUAUUUGACUUUUGAUCCGUAUACACGGUCAUAGCCUGUAUCACUUGACCUUGGAUCAUUUUUGGCCAAUAGAAUGGAGUUAUUGUUUGACUAAUCAAUAGAAAGCCUGAAAAAUUCUCAUCCCCGAUCAUAUAAGAUCGUAUUGCUGAAGGGAGUUUAAGUGAAGGGAAAAUUCAAUCUACUGGUCAUUUGUUCAUUUAGUCACUUUAAAAUGAAUAUUAGUGGUUGAACAUAUAAAUAAAUACUUGGAAUUUAAUAAGUUUGGAUCUUGUGAUGUAAACUUUGGCUUAAUAACAUACAAUUGACAACUGGAAUAAUUUAGAGAUGGAUUAAUAAAAAUGUAUAAAGACUAGGACAGUGGACUACUAUAUUUUUGCAUUCAUCGCUUCCAGCUAUGAUUAUGGAGCAUCAUGAGACUUUGUAAAUUAAAAGAAUGGAACACAAGAUUAGUACAAGUUCCGCAUCAUACAAGCUUGAGCGCAAAUGGAGCUUGGUUAAUGCCUUGGCAAGGGAAUUGGCUGAUAUAGGAGAUGAAAUUAAUGGAAGAUUUUCGUAUACUCUUGAUAGUCUAUCCUAUUCAAACGAAUUGGCCAUGAUGAAAACAUUUUCAAAUUCAAAUUCAACUGGGACAUUUAAACCUGAUUAUGUGAGUUGUAAAGUAAGUUGAUGGGGUUCAAACUGUUAAUGUCUAUUCAUCUUAUUAUGGGAGUUUAUUUAAUGUUUUGACUAUAUACUGAUUGAAAAUAUGACCCACUGAAUAAAAGUAGAACGUUUAGCUGAAUAAAUCACAGUUUAAGCAUCGAUUACCCAAUAGUUAUCAAAAUUUUUCAUUGUUUCUUUACAUUGCUCACUUUUGAUUUUAAUAAUAAAUCUAUCUAUCACAAUCCAUUUUGCCUAGAAUGUACGUUUAAUUUACCUUGGUACAAAUUGUACGGUCAAUUAUCGAUAUUUUCAUUUCACUUAACUGUGCUAGAUACAAAUAUUUCCAAAACAUGUCUUUUGAACUAAAUUCAUCAGGUUAGCUGCCCUGUUUAAAAAAUAUCUAAUUUUUCCUGAGCUGUAUGUAUUGCGGUUUGAUGAUUCAUGCAUCCAAGUGGCCCGUUUUUAAAGUAUAUUUUGUCACAUAAUAUCGCUAUAUAAAGCUGGAUUGUGAAGAUCGAAUGAUUGUAAACUAGUACUCUUAGGUUUUCAGUGGUUCUUCAGCAGGUAUAACACUAUGAAUAAAACUAGUUUCAAUGACGACCUGUCUUCACAAACCCUUUGUCUUUAUAAUUAUUUUGUAUUUCCUAGUCAAUAGGUUCUAAAUUAAGUCAAGGAAUGUAUUUGUAAAGCCGCAAAUUACAGAGUUCAGACAGUAAUGCUACUAAAUGAUCGUUGCGCAAUGUUGCCGAAUUAACUAAAACUCGAAGCAUUGACUACCAAAUUCUGACUCAGUUGUCUGAGGGAUAUCAUGCUUAAGGAGAAAAUAUGAACUUAAAGAUUCAAUCCAAAGUGAGCUAAUAGAUUUAGACUACUGAGGAUUCACAAACUAGUGCGAAACAACUGUUUAAUACUUCUGUGAUUCUGUUAUUUUGUGACAAAUAGUGAUUACGUACAACAAUAAUUAAUUUUGAAAAUGUUUUCAUUUACUCACCCUUUUUCUUCGUACAACUGUAAACAAUGGAUAUUUCAUAUCAGAAGUUUUGUGGAAAUUUAGUAUUUUCAUAGAUGAAAGCGUGAGUCAAUUGAAGCU